AUAGGAGUUAUAUACACAUUUUACACGUGGAAUAUUUUCCUGUAAAAAUAAUGUUUACUUGUUGACCAUAAGGAAGAGAAGUGUAAUGUGUUAUAUUGAGAGGUACUUUUAUUUUGUUAAGCCCAGUAAUAUCAGUGGGGCUAGGCUAAAUAAUAAAAACAUCUUUCUGUAUAACAGUGACGUUCCACAAAAACUGCAGCUUCCAAAAUGAUCAUGCAGUUGAAUCAGCUCAUCACCUUCAUGAACAAGGAUUUUGUUAGCGCUCUGCGCUUAAACCUUCAGACCACCAGGGGGCGACACAGCAGACUUGUUUCUGUCCGAAGAAGAACUAAAGGGGGCAAACAUGGCGGCGUCGUUGUUGCGGUUUGUCCGCUCAGGUCUUGGCAGCAGUUUUAAUUGUGCACGGAGUUGGUGUGUCCUGCAGCAGCAAAGCAGACUGCAGAGCUCCACUACUGAGACCAGCCCCACCAUCAGGCCCAAGGAUGCUGUCACUAACAACCAGCUGGCAGCGUUUGGGGAGUACGUGGCUGAGAUGAUGCCCAAAUAUGUUCAACAGGUCCAGGUGACCUGUUAUAAUGAGCUGGAGGUGAUGAUCCAUCCUGACGGAGUGAUCCCAAUGCUGACCUUCCUGAGGGACCACACCAACGGCCAGUUCAGGAGCAUGGUUGACCUUACUGCAGUCGACGUCCCAACACGGCAGAACCGCUUUGAGAUUGUGUACAAUCUGCUGUCGCUGCGCUACAACUCUCGUAUUCGUGUUAAGACGUACACGGAUGAGUUAACACCUGUGGACUCUGUUGUUUCCAUCCACAAGGGCGCCAACUGGUACGAGAGGGAGGUGUGGGACAUGUUUGGCGUGUUCUUUGCCAAUCACCCUGACCUGAGGCGCAUUCUGACAGACUAUGGCUUCGAGGGUCACCCCUUCAGGAAGGACUUUCCUCUGUCAGGAUAUGUUGAGGUGCGUUAUGACGAUGAGGUGAAGCGCGUGGUGGCUGAGCCCAUAGAGCUGGCGCAGGAGUUCAGGAAGUUUGACCUGAACACACCCUGGGAGGUGUUCCCUGCCUACCGAGAGCCCAAAGAAGCUGCGCCCAAACUGGAGGCCGGUGACGAGGCCCCAGAGAAGAAGUGACGUCCCUCUGUUGAGUCUCCACACAUCAUCUUCAUCAUGUUCUGUCUGUGUCAGACUUGGACUCCAACCCCCUGAACAAACCCACCUGAAAUAUUUAUGUAAAUAAAAAUACUGAUAAAACAAUGUUUAAAAGAU